AUAAAAAAAAGAUAAAAAAAAUAAAAACUCAAAUCCGCCCUCCCCUUUCGCCUCACGAACUCUAAUGUACUCCUUCACUCUCCUCUUCUCUCUCUCUCUACUCCUCUUCGGUCUCUACUGGUUCCUCUGCCUCCUCGGCUCUGCCGAACAGAAAGGCAAGAAUGCAGCCCAGCUUUCCGGCGGAUCUAUCUCCGCCGAGAAAGUCCAGGACAAGUAUCGCCAAUACUGGUCCUUUUUCCACUCUCCUAAACAAAUCGAGACCAUCGACAAGGUUCCUGCCUUCGUCGACACCUUCUACAAUCUAGUUACAGAUAUCUACGAGUGGGGUUGGGGCCAGUCCUUCCAUUUCUCUCCUUCCGUUCCUGGGAAAUCCCACCGCGACGCCACUCGCCUCCAUGAGGAAUUCGCCGUCGAUCAGCUCAAUGUCAAGCCCGGUGACAGAGUACUCGACGCCGGUUGCGGAGUCGGUGGUCCCAUGCGGGCAAUCGCCGCUCAUUCUGGGGCCAGUGUUGUUGGUAUCACGAUCAAUGACUAUCAGGUGGAUCGAGCCCGCUUGCACAAUAAGAAAGCGGGGUUGGAUAAACUGUGCGAGGUUGUUUGUGGGAAUUUCUUGCAAAUGCAGUUUAAUGAUAAUAGUUUCGAUGGAGCUUACUCUAUUGAAGCUACCUGCCACGCUCCAAGGCUUGAAGAUGUGUAUGCCGAGAUUUAUCGGGUUUUGAAGCCCGGUUCUUUUUAUGUAUCGUACGAAUGGGUCACUACAGAUUUGUAUAAAUCGGAGGAUCCAACCCAUGUGGAGAUAAUUCAAGGAAUAGAGCGAGGAGAUGCACUGCCUGGGUUAAGGAGUUACAGUGACAUUGCUGAGAUUGCAAAGAAAGUUGGAUUUCAGGUGCUGAGGGAGAAGGAUUUGGCGAAGCCGCCGUCGAGGCCGUGGUGGUCGAGGUUGAAGAUGGGAAGGAUUGCAUAUUGGAGGAAUCACAUUUUGGUUACUGUGCUUGCAUGGCUGGGGAUUGCCCCUAAAGGGGUUGUGGAUGUUCAUGAAAUGCUGUAUCAUACUGCCAAUUAUUUGACUAAAGGGGGGGAGACUGGGAUUUUUACUCCUAUGCAUAUGAUAUUGUGCAAGAAACCAGAGUCUACCGCUGAGUCUGAGUCGUAGGUUAUCCUGAUGGUGUUUUGAGUUCGUUUCAUGGAGCUUCUGCUUUGGUUCUCUCUCCCUCUCCUUCUCUCGUUUCAUUUUAACUCUCGCUGAUUGCUUUUUUUUUUUUUUCCUUAGAAAUAUUGGUUUCAGACUUUUGGUUUUAGCUUGGCAAUUGGAUUGUCUCUAGUUCUGUAGUUCACUUAGUGGAAUGUAUUGGUUCAUAGUUAUUGAUUAAGGGAAUUGGGUUGAGGAGGGCUAUCAAAGAUAAAGUCUUUGGGAUUGUGUCUAAUUGUAGUAGAGGAAGGGUGGUGAAGAAAACAUGAAAUUUUGCCCUCUUAAGUUGAGAGAAGUUCCUCUAAUUUAUUAUUUCUUGAUCUGGUAUAAGCUCUUUCUAAUAAUCAAUGGAAGAGUGUUUAUUAUAUUA